UCCGGUUCGGGCUAGUUGUAAAUAAAAAAAAAAAAUAAAUAAAAAGCAAUUUGCCGUUAAUUAUGUUGAAGUGUUUAGUAAUGAUUUUUUGAGUGAUGGCAAUGUGACAAAACCCGUUGCAGUUGGGUGUAAAUAUGCGCGGCGCAUUUCUCUACUACUGUAACAUUAAUUGCGCUUCGACUGCGAGUGCGACUCGAAUUUUGCUGCAAGAUGAGGCGAUCAGAAAAAAAAACUAAAAAGUGUACGACAAACAGAAUAAAAUGGUUUGUAAAAAAAAAAACUGUGCAACGGCAGCGUGUGUAAAAGUGAAUAGAAAAAAAAAAACACACACACUCAAAAAGGAGUAACGUGAAAAUUGCUGCAUAAAGGAAGAGAGUAAUAAGUGAGUGCUCCCAUACAGACUAACGUGCCAACACCAGUAUCGCAAUACAAGUACGCACACACACGCAUACACACAUACACACGGGACGCACACUCUAAACACAAAGAGAGGGCAAAACGUAAACGUUGUCGCUGUUAUCCUGCUUAUUCCUGUUGCCUCGUUGUGUGAUCCUUUAUUGUUGCCCACAGCAGCGGCAGCGGCAGCAGCAGCAGCUGUGCCGUCGUUAUACAAAACACAUUCGUCGUCUCCGGUUCGUGUUUCAGCUUUGCCUUGCAAUCGUCGUUACUCGUUUAUUUGUUGCUGUUAUUGCUGUUGUUGUUGCCUGGGUGUCCUUGAAGUUCGCUAGUGCGCGCCCGUUGUGCCGUUUCCAGUGUGUGCAAAAUUACGAAAAAAAAAGCAAAGAUACAAAAAGUGUGCCCAACAAUAAGUGAAGCAGCAACAACAAUAUCAAAAUGCCGCCAGCUUUAAUUGGCAUCGCCGAGUUCGUGGAGGAGACGCGCGACGAUUACAAUUCGCCCACCACCUCCACGUUUGCAUCCCGCAUGCCGGAUUGCCGUCAAACGAUUAGCAUAUUGGAAGAGCGCUUGGAGUUUGAUCGCGAGGGUCUGACGAAGCUAAAGAAGGCCGUGAAAGCCAUACACAACUCUGGCAAUACUCAUGUGGACAAUGAAAUGUUUAUGGUGCGCGCGUUGGAGCGCUUGGGCGGCAAGGUCAUUGAUCAGGAUGAGCCCGAUAUUGGGGCGGCGUUUCUCAAGUUCUCCGUGGUCACCAAAGAGCUCAGUGCGCUAAUGAAAACACUGAUGCAAAACAUCAACAACAUUGUCAUGUUUCCGGUGGACUCGAUGCUGAAGAGCGAGCUGCGCGGCGUUAAGGGCGAUAUGAAGCGGCCAUUUGAUAAGGCGGCCAAAGACUACGAGGCCAAGUUUAUCAAAAUCGAGAAGGAGAAAAAGGCCCAGGCGAAGGAGGCGGGCAUGGUGCGCACGGAGAUCGACGCUGCCGUUGUGGCGGAUGAAAUGGAAAAGGAGCGCAGACUCUAUCAGCUGCAGACCUGCGAGUAUCUGCUGAAAUACAAAGAGAUCAAAACAAAAACUGGCAUUGAGCUGCUGCAGCACUUCAUCGAGUAUUAUCACGCGCUGAAUAAUUACUUCAAAGAUGGCUUGCAAACGAUCGAACACUUUGGCACGUACAUCGGCGAUCUGAGCGAUAAGUUGCAUGUGAUCAAGCAGAAGCAGGACGAGGACAGGCGCAGUCUGUUGGAUCUGCGAACAUUGUUGCGCAGCACGCCGGACUUCGAGCGUGUGGACAAUGCGCAGUCAUCGGAGAAUCGCAGUGGUGGAGCGGGUGCCGGUUACUCGCUCCAUCAGCUCCAGGGCGACAAGCAUCAUGGUGUAACACGGCAGGGACAUCUGCUGAAGAAGAGCGAAGGCAAAGUGCGGCGGGUGUGGCAGAAGCGACGCUGCCGGGUCACCAGUGAUGGCUUCUUGGAUAUAUUCCAUGCAGACGAAUCGAAGCCGCCGACGCGUGUUAAUCUGCUCACCUGUCAGAUAAAGCCGGUGCCAGAUGAUAAGCGUGGUUUCGACUUAAUCAGCUACAAUCGUCCGUAUCAUUUUCAAGCGGAGGACGAAUCGGAUCAGAAGGCUUGGAUGGCAGUAUUAGUGAAUUGCAAGGAGAAGGCCCUAACUAAGGCCUUCCAGCAUGCCAAUCCGCAAAUGAGUCCCAGCUUGGUGGAGCUACAAAAGACAGUGAUUAAAUAUGUGCAGCUAUUGCCGGGCAACGAUCGCUGCUGCGAUUGUGGAUCUCGCAACGAUGUCACCUGGAUCAGUCUGAACUUUGGCAUACUCGUCUGCAUACAGUGCUCGGGCGUGCAUCGGGAUCUAGGCGUGCAUCAUUCGCGCAUCCAAAGUCUUACGCUAGACAAUCUAACAACGGCCAAUCUGUUGAUAGCACGCGCCAUGGGCAACAGCACGUUGAAUGACAUUAUGGAAGCCAAGUUGGGCAGGGGCAAGCUUAACCACGACAGCAGCAUGGAGGAGCGAUACGAUUUCAUACGCGCCAAAUAUGUGGCCAAGCGUUAUGUGAUGCGCACCUGCUCCGAUGACAAUGAUCUGCGCUGCGAUCUGGAGCAGGCCAUUGUCAAUGCGGACAUGAGUCAGCUGCUGCAGGUGUGGGCCGAGGGCGCCGAUCUCACCUGCUGUUUGCCCAGCUCCGAUGCGGGCGAAACAGCUCUCCAUUUGGCUGUGCUACGCGAGGCCGGCUCCACGCUUCACAUUGUCGAUUUUCUAAUACAGAAUAUGCCGCCCAAGGGCCUGAAUAAGGCCACCAAUCCGGCCGGUGUGCUAGAUGUGACGGGCAAGAAUACGCCCUUGCAUCUUUGUGCGCUACACGAUCGUCGCGAAUGUAUGAAGCUGCUCUUGCGCUCAGGCGCUGACUACGAGCUGCGCAAUUCACAGAACAAAACAGCGCUGGAUAUUGCCAAAGAGAUGGGUCACAAUAGCUGCAAGGAGCUGAUUGAGUGUGCCAUAAAGCGAGAGAAGAGCGCCUUUGAUCACAUCAACACAGACUGGAAUCUGCCCAACGAGGACGGCUCUACAGAUUUCAGCGAUGAUGAAACUGUCAUAGAUGAGCGCUAUUUCAACUCUUUGCAGAAAUCGCGUUCACGUCCGCCGAGCUUUGCUGGUGGCGAUUCGCCAGUGUUGCGCUCCCGAUCAUCGACUUGCGAUUCAAUACAGUCCAGUUCUAGUCCAAUUGCCAAUUGUCCAAGCCGACAGUUUACGUUGCCCAGCUAUACGCAGUCGGCGGGCACAUCGCCCAAACAGCACACGAAUGUUGGCCAAUAUCUGGGAAGUGGCAACAGUUUGGGCGUGGUCAGCAGCAGCAAUAACAAUAGCAACAGCGGCAACGGCGGUGGCUCCAGUCCCAGCUCGGCGUGCAGCCAGAAUAUGCGUGGCACUCGGAACAGCUUGAACAUGCAGAGCGAGCUGGGUCAUGUGACAGGGGCCCGAAAGUCUACGUCCACAGCCAAUAUGAACUCACUGAAGAAGCGCACAGCGCCAGCACCGCCGCCCGGUACUCCGGCCAGUAUAUUCUAUGGCACACUGCCACAUCCGCCCAGGCAUUCACAGAAUAUGGAUGCCAACGAUAUUCGCUCUAUCAAUCAUAAGAAUCAGUCCAUGGAUGCGUAUGGCACGCUGCCGCACAUGCGGAGCAUGGAGAGCUCACCAAGGAUAACAGGCGGCGUUAGUGGAAGUGGUGGAGGUGGUGGUGGUGCAGGUUCUGGCAAUGGCAGCAACAACAGCUUAAUGCCCAUGACAACCUUUGGCCAUAAACGUUCGCCCAGUGGAGAAUCAUUGAAUCGUAAUAUUCAUCUAGCGGGCGCUAAGCUCGUGCUGCCGCCCACUGGAGAGCUGCCCACACUCAAACAUGUGGAUAAAUCGGCGCUGAUGAGACCCAAAAUACCACCGCCCGGUCCGCCAGCAGAACGUGAGAUACCAAAUGGACAAUCGAAUGAGAGCAUCAGCUCUAUGGAAGAGGGUCCAAUCGCACCGCCACGGAAGCGCAAGCAACAGAACUUGUUGAGAUUAGAGCAUUCCAGCGAGGAAACGCUCAUCAAUCAAUCAGCCAAUUUUACGGAUUAUGAGUCGUGGCACACGGAUAUGGACUCGUCUGGCGGCGGCCUGGAUCAUUCCGCCGACUCGAAUAUUUCUUCUAGCGACAAUGAUAGGCUAAACAGCUCGCCCGAUAAUCAACUGAAGAAUGCAAGUGGUUCCGUUUCCAAAUUGCAUUAUAAUGGCCAACGUCGCUGUCGAGCGCUUUACGAUUGCGUUGCGGACAAUGAUGAUGAACUGGAGUUUAAGGAAGGUGAAAUAUUGAUUGUGCUCAAUGAGCGAACCGAUGACGAGAAUUGGAUGGAGGGCAUCAUAGAGGGGCAUCCGGCACGGCGCGGCAUGUUCCCCGUUAGCUUUGUACAUAUGCUGCCCGACUAAAAGGGGCAGCUUAACUGUCCUGUUCGUCUGUACAACUGUGUGAGAGUAUGAUUGUCGAGGUGUGCGAGUGUGUGUGUGCGUGUGCGAGUGUGCAUUUGUAUGGUUGCGUGCAUGUAUUAUACAAAAAAGAAAGAAGAUAUUAUUUAUUACACUUUUUAAUCGCAAACAACUACAAUUAUAUGUAUUAUUAUUUUUU